CUCCGCCCCUCCCGCGCGCAGCCCUCUGGGGCGGCGGGGCAACGCCGCGCGCCGAUUGGUGGCGUCCGGGGCUCUCCCUGCAGGUGACUGACGGCGCCGGCCACCCCCGUCGCCCGCCAGCCGCCGCCACCGCCUGCCCGGGGUGUGGAGCCCGGCCGCUGCUCGCGGGCUGCGCGUCUGCCGCUCCCGCCGUCGCCGCCCAGCCUCCGCCAUGGACCUGUUCGGGGACUUGCCGGAGCCCGAGCGCUCACCGCGCCCGGCUGCGGGGAAAGAAGCUCAGAAAGGACCCCUGCUCUUUGAUGACCUCCCUCCAGCCAGCAGUACUGACUCAGGAUCAGGGGGACCUUUGCUUUUUGAUGAUCUCCCACCUGCUAGCAGUGGCGAUUCAGGUUCUCUUGCCACGUCAGUACCCCAGAUGGUAAAGAACGAAGGGAAAGGAGCAAAGAGGAAAACCUCCGAGGAAGAGAAGAAUGGCAGUGAAGAGCUUGUGGAAAAGAAAGUUUGUAAAGCCUCUUCGGUGAUCUUUGGUCUGAAGGGCUAUGUGGCUGAGCGGAAGGGUGAGAGGGAGGAGAUGCAGGAUGCCCACGUCAUCCUGAACGACAUCACCGAGGAGUGUAGGCCCCCAUCGUCCCUCAUUACUCGAGUUUCAUAUUUUGCCGUAUUUGAUGGACAUGGAGGAAUUCGAGCCUCAAAAUUUGCUGCACAGAAUUUGCAUCAGAACUUAAUCAGAAAAUUUCCUAAAGGAGAUGGCAUCAGUGUAGAGAAAACCGUGAAGAGAUGCCUUUUGGACACUUUCAAGCAUACUGACGAAGAGUUCCUUAAACAAGCUUCCAGCCAGAAGCCUGCUUGGAAGGAUGGGUCCACUGCCACGUGCGUUCUGGCUGUAGACAACGUUCUUUAUAUUGCCAACCUCGGGGACAGUCGGGCAAUCUUGUGUCGUUAUAAUGAGGAGAGUCAAAAACAUGCAGCCUUAAGCCUCAGCAAAGAGCAUAAUCCAACUCAGUAUGAAGAGCGGAUGAGGAUACAGAAGGCUGGAGGAAACGUCAGGGAUGGGCGUGUUUUGGGCGUGCUAGAGGUAUCCCGCUCCAUUGGGGAUGGGCAGUACAAGCGCUGCGGUGUCACAUCUGUGCCUGACAUCAGACGCUGCCAGCUGACCCCCAAUGACAGGUUCAUUUUGUUGGCUUGUGAUGGGCUCUUCAAGGUCUUUACCCCAGAAGAAGCCGUGAACUUCAUCUUGUCCUGUCUUGAGGAUGAGAAGAUCCAGACCCGGGAAGGGAAGUCUGCGGUUGACGCCCGCUACGAAGCAGCCUGCAACAGGCUGGCCAACAAGGCGGUGCAGCGGGGCUCAGCUGACAAUGUCACCGUGAUGGUGGUACGGAUAGGGCACUGAGGGGUGGUGCGUGGCCAGGAGCACCCAUCGUAUUGACUUAAAAGGUUCAUUUUGUGUGUGUGCACAUUGUGUGUUUUGUGUACUCCUGUGGGACUCCCAUGGUUGUAAAUAAAGGUUUGUUUUUUUUUUUCCUA